GAGACGUCUCCCGAAGAGUCCUGGGGAGUAUUUCGGGCUUCGGGUACAUUGCGCGAUGACUCGAUCUCACAGCUUUUGUCGAGCUGGAGCAUAUUGCAUCGGCCUGCAGCCAGCCACGCUGCAUUACAGGUCCUGCUCUGUGCCGGAAGCGCAUCUAUACACCGUACCUCAACAGCGGUGCAUCGAUUCCAGCGCCCCGCAACGGCGUACACUGAUACACCACUGACCACACACGCCAAAGCCGAGCUCGCAACGCUCCGCCUAGACAGCAACAAUGCUCAGACGCCUGACACUGCUCCUGAGCGGCGCCGCGGCCUUCGUGGCGCGGCCGUCGUUACGCGUUGUAAAACAAAAACGCACGACGCCGCAGAUGGUCCUCGCGCCCGCCGCCGCGCAAGUUGUGAGAGUAGGAAUCCCGACGGUCGUCGCCGCCGUCGCCGGUGUUUUGAUCAAGCAGCGCCUGGACCGACCGAGCCGACCGUACGAAGACGGUUCAGUGGGACGAGAGUACGACGCCUGGACAAGAGAAGGCAUUCUCGAGCACUACUGGGGCGAGCACAUCCACCUAGGGUACUAUACGGACGACGAGCUCGACCGAAAAUGGUUCGGCUCGAAGUCUCUAGGCUUCCUGAAGAAGAAUUUUAUUGAGGCCAAAUAUAACUUCACACAGCGUAUGUUGGAUUGGGGCGGUAUUACUGGCAUGCAGAACGCCAAAAUCCUAGAUGUAGGAUGUGGUAUUGGCGGGACGACGCGCUACAUGGCCAACCUGUUACCCAAUUCUAACAUUACGGGCAUCACGUUAUCCCCGGAGCAGGCCAAAAGAGCCACGGACCUCGCUGCCGAAAGAAAUGUCCCGAACGCCCAGUUCCAGGUCAUGGACGCGCUGGCCAUGGACUUUCCGGACAGUUCCUUCGAUGUGGUCUGGGGCUGCGAGAGCGGCGAGCACAUGCCGGACAAAAAAAAGUAUGUGCAAGAAAUGGCGCGCGUCCUAAAACCGGGCGGCAAGAUGGUGAUUGCCACCUGGUGCCAGCGCGACAAUUCGACCCAGUCCUUCACGGAAGAAGAGGAGAAAUCUUUAGAUUUUCUUUAUUCCGAGUGGACGCACCCGUACUUCAUCAGCAUCAAGGACUACGCCGACUUACUAAAUGGGAACGGCAUGAAAGCCGUGGAGACGGACGACUGGUGGAAAAAUACCAUAGCUUCCUGGCGCCACUCGAUCUGGGUCGGCGUCUUCGACCCGUGGCCCGUGGUCCGGGCCGGGCCGCGCAUGUGGUGGAAGUGUCUCAGAGAUGGCAUUUGUCUCGAAAGGAUGCACCGGGCCUUCGACCGCAAACUCAUGGCCUACGGCAUGAUCCGGGGGGUCAAGGCCUAA